GCUGCCUGCCGCAAAGUGGUUCGUAUCACAUACUUUGUUUAUCGUUGUCCUACCUCCGGAGUGUUGUAGCACUAGCGGGACUUGGUUGAACUGACAAGUAUGCCUACAAAACUGUCUGUAUUUCUAUUUGUAAGAUGAUUAGUAAUCAUGGCAACUAAAUUUGAAAUGAACAACUUGAGGAAGGAGAAUGACAAGCUGGAGCAGGAUAUUGCAGUGAUGGAGAAUACCCUUUAUCAGCAGAAAGCCAGACUACUUGAAGACUCUUCCAUCAGUAGUCAAAUAAGCAAAGCUACUGGAAACUCAAAGUGGCUGUCUGGUGCUAAAGGUCAGAUAUCUGGGUAUCGAUCCCACAAGGAGCUUCUCCAGAAUCAAAACCUGUCUGACAAAACUUCAAAUGAGCUGGCCAAGCAGGUGACACGAGCCAAAAGUGCAGGGGUCACAGGUCGCUGCAGAAGGGGCCGAACGCAGAGCUUCACUCCAGUCGCAUCCAGGAGCCAGGAAGAUGUGGCUACUUCACAACCAUUCAGGAAGGAGGAUAGGGGUGUGCAGCUCAUAGUUGCAAAAGGUGUGAGUGGUAGCGAACAAGGGAGGGGGAACAUGAGAGUGAAGUCAGCACCAGUGCGACAUGGCACAAACAGGAAGGCAGGAGGGGGAGAUCAACACAAGAGGGCGCAAUCAUUGCAGGGAGGCAUAAAGAUUAAUACACUUCUACAUUCCCAGAAAACGAGCAAACGGGAUAGUCUAAUACAGUCAGGUAAACUAAGCAAAAAUGGAGACAGGAGAGUCUCCUUUGACCUGAGUAAGGAAGAGGAAUCUCCCUCCUCAUCAACAUCUCCGAGUAACCCCGUGUCUGACCACGGGCAGCCUGUCAUCAAGACAGUGACGAGAAACCCAGCUAAUGAAGGCUCCACAUCAGUUGAAGGUGCUUCAUACUCUGAGAGGAUAGCAUACCUCAAAGCCAAAGUGAUGGCCAAGGCCAGUGCAAAUCUGAAACCUGAGCUCCUGUCAAACUUUCCCAAGGAAAAGAAGAAGUUGGCCUCUGGGGGAGUAACAUCACAGAGUGGCACUAAUAAAGGAAGAAAGAAGGGGGGAUAUACCUCAGGGUCCUCAUAUGCCGUCUCUGGCGGAAACACCAAACAUGUCCGAAAUGCCAAAAUGGAACCCACAGCUCAGAAACACAAAUCUGCCAUUGCAGAAAAUCAUCAACGCAAACCUAUCUCCCAUCAAGACUUUUCGGAUGCAGCGGGUCAUCCCAAGAGGGAGCUGAAUGAAGAUGAUGAUGUUGCAGACUUCUUCUUUGAUGCCCCUGUCGAGCUUUGGCUGUGCUCACUUCAUGUUGAAGACUCGCUGGAGUGUGUCAAAAUAUUCCGGCACUGCAAAAUCACCAUGGACAGGGUGCCUACCCUGACAGAGAACCAGCUUAUUGAGAUGGGUGUGGCUCCUGGGCCAUCUCUAGUUAAAAUUCUUCAAGGCAUUGAGGAAUUGAACAAGUCUCGGAAACUGUCAUCAGGAGAUGCCAAAAGAUUAUCCCAAAGAGGAAAUGAGAGCAACGGACAGUCACUCACCAAGAAAUCUGAAGAGACACCUCCAACAACCAAAUUUCUAGACCUCACAGGGCGUGACACAUUUGAAGAAGUCCUGACACUCAAGGAUCCCUCAUCACCACCUGCAAGUUCAACUCCUGCCUCGUCAAGUUGGUCUAGCCAUGCCCAUCUGAAUCCAGAACAAAGCAAGAAACCCAUCACAGUGGAAAUGAGCAGGGACUUGUUGGCCACCGAAAUAAAGGGUUCAAAAGAAAGUUGGCUCGCGGAAGAAGACUUGAAAGUUGAUUUGCAAAAGGGCACUUGUUCACCAGAUUUGAAUCGAGGGGAGGAAGAUAAGAGUGGUACACACAGGACCAAAAUUGGGAAAGGAAAUGUCAAAAAGCGGGGAAAAUCGCUGUCUGCAGACGUGGUCAACCGCACACUGACAUCAGGGAUCCAGUCAGCAAUGACCAAACUCCGACUGAAGCAGGAGCAAGAGGCAAAUCAGCAAAGACGCCUGGACCGACUCCGACAGGCCAAGCGGGCCGAAAGAGACAGGCUGGCCCAGCAAUAUGCCAGACGACAACAGGAGAAGCUUGAACAGUUGCAGGCUGGAGAGGGGGAGGACAGAGUGGGCAGAGCUGGGGAGGAAUCAGAGGGUGUGGAUGAGAAGUUGUCCUCAGUGGUGGCAAGUGCUAAAGAGCUGCAGGACCGAAGCAGUGAGACGGACGGAUUGCCAACCAAAGAUAUCAUGAAAUUAAACAUUCAAGGGGGAGCCCUUCUAUCAAGAUCUGUGUCAUCGAAUCAAACUGACCAAGAUGAUGUGAUCACUGAACCUCCCAGAGCCAGGAAGAGCCCGAGACAAACUCCUGAAGAACGACUUGAGGACCUGGAAAUAAAAAUCCAAGGACUACAACAUAAAGACUUCGCAUCCACUGUGGCAAGCCAAGUGGAGAAGCUGCAGCAGCAACUGGCAUCUCUGAGGAGGGACCUGGCAGCCGCUCACACGUCAGUGUCAGCCUCCUCGGAGCCGGUACGGGCCUCAACUAGGGCAGAGGGCCACAUCAAGAGUGCAGGCCCAGCCAGGGGGGUUUACAGCUCCAUGUCCAAGACUGAGCUGAUGCGGGAGGUUCGGAAGCAGAAGGAACAACACAAGAAACAAAUCAGGUUAUUGGAGUCUGAAUUGGGUCGUCUGAAGCACCGAGAUCCAGUCAAAAAUUGUGAACUGCCAGAAAGAGACAUACUCUACCACGAAGAAGAUCUUAUUGGCGAGGGCACAUUCUCAAGAGUGUUCCACGGCCUUUUCAAUGGUUCAGAGGUCGCCAUUAAAAGAUUAAAGAUUCCACUGGAUAUUGCUGACCGCAACUAUUUUGCAGAAGAGGUGAGUCUCCUGCAUGAGUUGAGGCAUCCUCGUGUGGUCCUACUCCUAGGGGUGUGUGCCACUGGCACACUACCCCUGAUGGUCCUGGAGUACAUGGCUGGUGGUAGCUUGUAUGCUAGAAUCCAUGACAAGUUAAGGGGUUCUUUAGACCAUGUUGCCUACUACCAGAUUGCCCGUGACAUUGCCCUGGGGAUGAAUUACCUCCACCGCCAUCAUCCCCAGGUCCUGCAUCUGGACCUCAAGUCCAUGAAUGUGUUGCUGGGAUUGCACGGGAGGGCCAAAAUUGGAGAUUUUGGUUUUGCUAAACUCAGGCAUGAGGCAGAAAGCCUGGAGAAGAGCAAAGUUCAAGGUACGCCGGCAUGGAUGGCACCGGAGCUGAUGGAAAAUACUGCAAGCAGCCUCACAGACAAGGUUGAUGUGUACAGCUUUGGUGUUAUCAUGUGGGAGAUGCUGACUGGCUUGAUUCCUUACAAAGGGCUCUCUGUAUUUCAGGUCUUGGAUGCAGUGCAGAAAAAGAAGCGGCCAGACAUCCCUGAGUCCUGUCCCCAACCCCUGCGAUGCCUCAUCAAAUCCUGCUGGGAACACAAGCCCAACAAACGGCCCUCCUUCAAGGACAUUCUGAUAUCACUUGAGGCUCUUGCAUUCCCGCCGGAGUGGCGGUCUCUCCUGUCAGCUGCCAACAUUCCUCGGGAGGCAAUGGAAGAUCCUGCAUCGGCUCGCUCCAUCAUCGCCCUCGUGGGUGGAUCCAUAGAGAUGACGCAGCGAGAACUUGAUGAGGCUGUGCUAGCCUCCCAUGAGAGGGCUGUGGAUGUGUCAGACGAGGCCCACCCAAUCAGGAGGAAUAGCAGUAGGUCACCUUCAGGAGGCCGUGAACAGCACCUGGAUGACAGGAUUGCAUUAGCUUUGACUUCAGAUUCUAUCAGUGAGGAUAUAGAAGACGAUAGUCUGGAUGAAGAAACCGAUUCUAGUAAUAAAUACCAAACUCUGCAGGAUAGUGGUGAUGCUGCCUCAAGACUAAGACUCAAUCAGGAUGAUAGUAAACAGACACCGACUUCAUCCAGGCAACCCACAGAGACUAAAGAGGAAUCAUCAUGUUCUCCCCCAAAAGAUGCAGGGAUAUGCCGCAGCAUGGCAAGGCAAGAGGUCCCAGCUCCACCCCCAAUCCAGUUGAUGGUAGCAAAGCCCUCCCCCAUUGAUAACAGAAACAAUAAGCAGAACCCCGGACAGAGUCCAUCCUUCCCAAGGACCAGGUACCAGGACAGUCAGCAGCCAUUUGCAGGCCGUGUGAGUCUGGACUCUGGUCUGUUGGCUGCACAACGCAGGAAACUCAGGAGCACGGAGGCUUGUCCCCAUCCCAGUCAGCUACCAAGUCUCUCUGAACUUGGAGAGCAGCGGAUAACCAGCAUAGCAGAAAUCCUGAAAAAAGCAGUGGCUACGAGGAGAACUGCCCUCAGGGAGGAUGUUCAUAGCCUGGAAUACCCAAACAGUGAAUCUGUUUGGUCAGCAACCAGUGAAGGUAAUUGAUAGUACCGGUAUUCAAUUAACUGAGGUCAUUCCAUGUGAAGAUUGUUUUAUGUUUUCAUUGCAUAAUAGACGAUCCAAACAAAUGAUAUGAAAUAUUUCAUUGAUCACAUGCGUAAAAAAUCAGCCGUAUUUAUUUUAAAAUGUACUGUGUAAAUUUUUCUCAGGAAAAAUGGCAAUAAGGUUUAAAAAAUCUGUCCACAGAACACCCCCCGAAAACAGAUAUCUAAUGGCAUUCAUGUUCAUGUAAUGUAGCCUUUUCCCUAGAUGGUAUUUGGCCCUGGGUACCUUAUUUGAACGUUUAUCCGUUUAGGUUAUAUCUACAUGUACAUGAUUACUUGGUUUCAUUUCAUUUCACAUUGAGUUGGCGCUUGUUGAGUUUGUGUUAGUUUAGUUGUGCUAUGUGAGUGCCUUCAGAAGUGGACACUAGAUGUCUCACUGUUAGUUUUCAAUUUUUUAUGCACGUCAAAAUUGCUUUCGAGGGGAAGGUAAUAUGUAGCCAGAAUGUGGAAACUUGUCUGAAAUUUUCCCGGCCGUUGAUUGACUGUCUCCAUAUCAGAUCGUGUAAAAAAUAGCUGCAGAUGAGUACAUUUAUGAAUGUACUGAUGUUAUAUGAGGCACAAUGUUUGCAGUGCAUAAAUGCAGACGGAUACAGAGCAUAAUUUUGAUUUUUGUGAGAAAAAUGCUGUUCCAAAUAUGGUUCAUAAAUUCAUAAAACUCCCUUUCGUUCAAGCUGAUGUGAGUGCAAUAAAGUAAUAUGUAUAACUUGAACAUGUUUAAUUACCUCAAGAUGACUUUAUUUUUCUUAAUGCCUUUAUACUGGGCAGUGUACACAUUAUUAAUUAAACUAUGGAGAGCCAGCAUAUAAAAACAGUUGCAAGGCCAUCUUUUCUUUAAUUGAACAGCAGAAAGUACAGAGCAUAGAGAAAUUAAUUUAAAGGUCAACAAGAUUCAAAAGAAAUCAUCGCCCGUGACACCUUCAUUUUCAAGGGAAACGGCAUAUCGUUAGAUUGUAAAUAAACAGUGUGGCGAGUGGAGAGCUACACUUCAAACCGAAAACCGGGAUGUAUAGCGAACUUGCCACGAAUCAGUGACACCAAGGUCAGAAACGUCAACCAAUAAUCUAGAUUUGCUCAACGUAUUACUAUCAGUUGACGACUGUCUGAUAUUAAGACAAAGGCCUGAAGCUUGAUAACUUGUCAGGUUUUCUGUAGAUGACACUAACUGAAGAAAAACGCAUUUUUGUGUGUUGCAACGGAUGACAUUGAUUAACCAGUGACCAUUGUAUUGACGCUUUUGACCGUCUGUUAUUUCUCAAUUGGCCUUUGCAAAGAGGAGACUAUGAACGGAUUAAAGGAUGUGCUUUUGCUGUUUUGAUAUUUGUUUCUGUAGAGUCUUGACAGGAAUUGUACCAUGUCUAAACUGAUGGUGCUAGACUUAGCGUUUAAUUCUUUCUAAAAGAACUGUUGUCUAAAUUGAGGUCAGUAAAGCUCGAAAUAUGCUGGUACAGUCCCAACUUUGUAUCUGGUCAAUUUGCAUUGUGCCCUGAGUGUUGAUAUCUCAACUGGCCAAAGCCUCUCCAUUCCUCGGUUAAUGUAGAGCUCCGAGUGUCACGUCCUUGACUGCGCGUCAUGGUUUGCUGCCCGUUUUUCUAAAUCGCUUUAAACUCGCCUUAAGUUCACUGGGCUUUCUUGUAUCUUGGUUAUGUUAUCCAUGCGUUUUUAAUGUUUUGUUUUGUAUCGUCUUGGUUCGUUUGCCUGUUUGCUUAUUUGCUUGUCUAUUUAUUUUGUUUGUUUUUGAUAAGCUUGCAUGCGUCGUUAUUGCAGGCCUUGUUAAAACCCCGUGUGCAUUUGGCAAAGGGUUGCAUUGAAAGUGUUAACGCUUUGAUUCAUAUCUGAGCAAAACUAAGCGAAAACAACAAAAUUACAGUACACAAAUUAAUAAACGUUUACACAUAGUGAUAUUUUUUCAAGUUUUUGUACCUUUAUGUAUAAUUGGACGUAAUGGAGAUAAUAUUGUUAAUCAACCUUAACACAGCAAAAUUUGAAUAUAUGUUGUAGCCUACAGGCCUAUAAUAGUACUGCCUUUUAGCAAAUCAUAAAUAUCAUUGGUCAUCGCACAAAAUACCCAAGUAUGCCCCCUUAUAAACAUUGAAAUCAGUAUAUAGGUCCUAGAAGAAUCGCAAGGUUAAUUUAUGAUACAUUCAAGAAGACGCCCUGAAGAAACCCGAUCCAAUAUGAAAAAGACUGCUCGUGCCACCGGACGAUGGACCGAUAAACAGGUUUAAACCUAAUUGUCAUCAACCCAUGCUUAAUACCAACUUUAAGAUACAUGUAUUAUGUGAUGUUGGUGGGGGCCUAUGCGCGGAAAGACGAAUGAUAUUAAACUUAUAUUGUGCCGAGUGAC